UCUUUAAUUAUUUAUAUUAUCAUAUUAUGAUGUCUGUAUAAUCCUUUAUUAAAUAUGAAUGAAUUCAAGGAAAAUAUGGAAAAGAUAGAAUCUACAUUUGUCAUAAUAGGAGGCGGUAUAGCUGGAGUAUCUUGCGCUGAAGGAUUGAGUUUCCUUGCUCCAGAUGAAAGCAUAAUUUUAAUUACCGCUAGUCCCCUGGUAAAAGCUGUGACAAAUAUAGUCCCAUUAGGCAGAACAUUAAUGCAUUUCGACGUAGAAGAAAAGAGCGCAAUAGUCUUAAGCGAGAAGCAUAAAAUGUUACAAGUUAUUCAUGAUACUGCAAUUAAAAUUGACACGAUCAAGAAGCUGAUAGAAAUUGAAAGUGGAAAAGUCAUAAGUUUCAAGAUGUUGUGUCUUUGUACUGGCGCCAAACCCAAACUGAUAGCCGAAAACAAUGAUUUCGUCAUAGGUAUUCGUGAUACGGAAUCCGUAUUACAAUUUUCCUACAAACUUAGAGACGCGAGGAGAGUCAUUAUUAUUGGCAAUGGAGGAAUUGCUACCGAAAUAGUGCAUGAGGUUAAAGGCGUCGAUAUGAUCUGGGUAAUUAAAGACAAGCACAUUUCUGCAACCUUUGUCGAUCCUGGAGCUGCAGAAUUCUUUUUAGACAAGAUUUCUUCUAAAUGUGAUUUAUCAGGAAAUCUUAAUAAAGAUUCGCCAACUAAAAGAAUGAGAUAUGUUGUGUCGGAUAGCACUCCAGUUAAAAAUGGGGCUGCUCUUGGUCCGGAUUGGCAUAAUAGCUUUGAUAUAAGCGGUACACAUUUUACGCCUACAAAUGUCCAAGUUGAGUAUGAGUGUGAGAUAUCAAAAUUACUCACUUUCGAUGAACAAAAACAGUUUGAUUCCACAGAAGAGUGGCCAAUUUACGCGCAACUAACGAACGGUAAAAUUAUCGGGUGCGAUCUUAUUAUCUCAGCAACAGGUGUUACUCCAAAUUCCGACAUAUGUGGGUUGGAAGAUCUCGAAAGAGGGGAGGAUUCAGGAUUAUUAGUGGAUUGGAAGCUGGAAACUUCAAAACAGGAUAUUUACGCUGCCGGAGACGUGUGUACUGUCGGUUGGCCGAAAGCGAAACAUUGGUUUCAAAUGAGACUGUGGACGCAGGCUCAUCAGAUGGGCCGUUAUGCCGCAAAAUCAAUGGUCUCGAAUUUACGAAACGAAGAAUUCUUGCAAGACUUUUGCUUCGAACUUUUCACGCACGUGACCAAAUUUUUCUCCUAUAAAGUUGUUUUACUCGGCUUGUAUAACGGGCAAACAUUGGGGAAGAAUUACGAGAUACUUUUGCGAAUUACAAAGGAUCAGGAGUACGUUAAAAUUAUCUUACAGGAUGGCAAAAUGCAGGGUGCAGUGCUCAUUGGAGAAACGGACUUGGAAGAGAUGUGUGAAAAUUUGAUACUUAAUCAGUUGGAUUUAAGUAUGUAUGGCGAAGAUUUGUUAAAUCCUGAUAUUGAUAUUGAAGAUUAUUUUGAUUGAUAUACCAUUAACCGAAUUGCGAUCCAUCCGCUCGCCU